UCCGCGAGUAAAGGACUAAAAAAAGGACCAAAAACCAAACUAAAAAAAAAAAAAAAAAAAAUUAACUUUUUGUGAAACAUUCUUUAACACUUUCGAGCAUAAAGUGACUGUUACUGUCUUCUGGUUUUUUUGUGUGUAAAAUAAUGGAGUGAUUUGAAAUUUAAGAACCCAAUUUUACAACAGUGAUUUUGUUGUCUCAGUUUAUAACGGUUUCUUUCGUAUUUUCUUGAAUAAAACCCCCAAGUCUUUUGGAUUUUUAAAGGAACUUAUCUUGUGGUCAAAAACUCUGUGCACCACACAUCAUCUUAAACAAUGUUUCAUCUUCUUGUCUUCCUUCUAUCGCUCUGUCAUCUUAGUCCAGUAACAUUUAGCGAGACAAUCGAUGCAUCAAAAUUUUCCAUAAACGACCUGAACAACGAUGACUUCAACAGUCCUAAGACACAAACAGAACUUCCCUCCCUUCUCGAAGCGAUAGACUAUCCAAUGAUCAAAACUAACAGUGAUGAGACCGAAAACGAUUUAAACGAUCCCCUGGCAUCACUUAAUAUUGAUUACAACGCCAUCAUUAUGCAGUUGAAGAAACAAAGACAAAAACAACAGGCUGCGAACACAAACUUUAUGCGAUUUGGACGAGACAAGAGUUUAAUGAGAUUUGGGAAACGUCAAGUGGAGAGUAUGCCAACCGAACAGGCCUUAGAAUCAUUUGCCCCUGGAACACGAUUUGAACGAAGUAAUGGAGCUGAAGGUGUUCGCGAUUCGAGGGGAGAUAAUUUCAUGCGAUUCGGUCGAUCAGGUUCGGGAUCGAAAUUCAUGCGACUUGGACGAUCACCAUCGUCAGAUUUCAUGCGAUUUGGGCGAUCUCCUUCGUCAGAUUUUAUGCGAUUUGGACGAACGCCAUCGGACUUUAUGCGAUUUGGACGUACCCCUUCAGAUUUUAUGCGAUUCGGUAGAACCCCAAAAGACUUUAUGCGAUUUGGUAGAACUCCAUCGGACUUUAUGCGUUUUGGACGAGCUUCAUCGGAUUUCAUGCGAUUUGGUCGAACACCCUCGGACUUUAUGCGAUUUGGACGGACACCUUCAGAUUUCAUGCGAUUCGGACGUACUCCAUCGGACUUUAUGCGAUUCGGACGAACCCCAUCGGAUUUCAUGCGAUUCGGUCGAACUCCAUCGACAAACUUUAUGCGUCUUGGCCGAAGUCAAACAGGAAUGAUGCGUUCGGCUAAGAGUGAGCAUCUGGCACGAUCAGAUAUGGAUAAGAAUUUCAUGCGUUUUGGACGUCCUGAUAGUUUCUUGCGUUUUGGUAGAGCGUCUUCGACAAAUGCCGAUACAAAUCCAAAUUUUAUGCGUUUCGGAAAGCGACAGAAAAAUGAAACAAGUCAAAAUUCUUCGGAACAAAAUCAAACAGACAAAUCGAUUAUAUCUGCGGAGGAAUCUACGACUUCAUUUCCUUAUCAUGAGCUUGAAAGUGAUGUAGAUCCAAUCGAUAUGAUGUUUUGGAAUGAUUUAACUUCUGACUCUGAUGAUGAUAAAUAAGAAAACACACGCUUUGCCAAUGAAAAUAAUCGAAUCCAGGUUCCUAAAAGUAGACCCUCUAAAAUAUUCACGAAACCAAAUUUAUGUAAAUAAUAAUUAACUUUUUUAAACCAAAAAAAAAAAAAGGAAAAAGUUCUCUAUCACAGACUACGAAUGAAGUGAACUCUUAAAUGGGCUGGAUUAAGAGUUCACUUCAACAUUUUUAUUGUGAUGGUUUAACUUUAAUUUAUUAAUUUUUCUAUAUAUUAUUUAUUUAUUGCAAUUUAUUAUAAAAAAUAAUAAAGAAAAUCACUAAAAAACUAUUUAUAUUUUGUUAAACUUAUAUAUAAAAUACUAUACACUUGAACUUGUAUACGAAUGAGCUGAUGUAAUCAUAUACCUACCAAAAAAAUAUAAAAGAAACAAUUAAUUCUUAA